AUGACUACGCUAUCUUCGAAUCGAUUCGAAGCCUUGAUGGGUGGCGUUCGUGAAGAAACGGAUCCACUUGGUAAUACCAAGACUGUCAAACAAGCUAUGCCACCACGCUCGAAACGUGACGUUGCUCGAAAGUUGCAUACUCGCGUCGCUAUAUCUCCACCUUCUCGACGAGGACGUGAUCGUGCUGGAGCCACUGAUUAUGGUAACACCGAGACUGCUCAACCAGCUGGUGGCCUGGCAUCAACCAGUAGCAUGCUUGAUCACCCAAAAGGAGGAAACUCUACCCUACGACCUACCCGCGGACGUCAAUUUGAUCGACAUAGUGGCACUGGUAUCCAAGACAACAUGAAGAAAAUCAAUCAAGGAUGGGGAAGAGCUGGUGCCGCAGAAAGAGAUGCCGAGAAUGACACCUUGUCUCCUGAUGAUCCUGCUGCUGAAGGUGUAGCUAUUGGGACUGGCUCUGGUACAGCAACACCUGUCGAAUCCAACUACAAGACCCUGGAUGAAUACUUGGCUACACAACCUGGAUUGGAUGAUCGCUACAAACUCCCUGAAGCUCGUCAAGCCAAUGAAGGUGUGGAUCCAUCGCAAUUGAAGAAUGCAGUCGUGUUGGAACGCUCCAAGGAAGAGGAUGUCUAUUUCGGUGGCAAGGAAUCGGCGGGUAAACACAAGAACAAGAACAAGAAGGAAAAGGUCUAUUUGGAGAUUGAUCAACCUUCUCAUCAUCAACAACGCACAGGAGGUGGUGGUCGACGGGGUAAUGGUACACGAUCAGGCCGUGGGAAGCCUGUCGAUAUUGAUAUUAGCAUCACAGAUCCCAGCGCAUUCCCAACCCUUGGUGCAUGA